AUGCUCGACGUUCGCCAGGUUGCAGAAACCAAAGACCUGGAAUGCGAGUACGACUGCACUCGAACGAGGCUCGUCAGCAGCAUCACUGGCGCCACAUUUGCAUUUGCGAGUGGACUGGGUAUCAAGGAAAAUUCGAAAGAGCGUUUCGAGUCUACAACUGCCGCAUCGCAACAUGUCACGCAGGAAGAGGUGAAUCUGAAAGACGUUAGAAUUAGCAUCGCAUGGUCAUGUACCGGCGACAUAUCUUAUAAAUGCCGACCUUAUCAACUUUGGUUGGUAGGAUAUACGCCUACCAUGGUGAUAACGGGUAACGGAGGAUCAAGGUUCGACUCCGGAGAGGGAGCCUGA